GUUAUGUAUGGCCGUGAUACCAUUUUCAUCAAGCAUUCUAAGCCAAGGAGGUAUAUAACCAUCAGAUCAUCAAAGCAGAGCACAGUUCAUCGCAAACCAUCCAAGACGCAUCAUUGAAAAUAAUAAUAUUUCAAUAUGAAACUGUUAGUAGUUGCUGCUAUCCUCGGUGCCUGCUCAGCAGCCCGCCUUGACAAUGCCUACCUCCCUCCUAGAGGAGGCGCAGGUGCAGGAUAUGGUGCAGGAUCUGGAGCGGGAGCUGGUGGUUUUGGUAGAGGCGGAGCAGGCGGUGCCGGAUUUGGUGGUGCCGGUGCCGGAGCUUACGGCGGAGCUGGCGCCGGUGGUUUUGGAAAUGGUGCUGGUUUCGGGGCUGGAGGAGCAGGCGCAGGAGCUGGUGCUGGCUCUUACCAAGGUGGUUUUGGAGGCAGGAGUAACUCAGCUGAUGCUAACGCCCAAAUUCUGAGAUUGAACAACGAAGUCACAGCCGAAGGAUUCUCCUAUGAUUUUGAAACUUCCAAUGGUAUCAGAGCUGAUGCGUCUGGAGUUGCAACCAAUGGUGUUCAAUCUCAAGGUAGCUUCGCUUAUAAGGGCGAUGAUGGCCAAGACUACAGCAUCACUUACACAGCCGAUGAGAACGGCUACCAGCCACGUGGUGCCCAUCUGCCAACCCCUCCUCCCAUCCCUGAGGCUAUCUUGAAAUCCCUGGAGCAGAACGCCCGUGAUGAGGCUGCUGGCAUCGUCGAUGAUGGCUCAUACCGCGGCGAAGGCGCUGGCAACGGCGCUGGUUCUUACUCUGGUCAAGGAGGUUACUCAUCCCCAUCAAGCCAAUAUGGUGCUCCUUCUCGCGGCUUCGGUGGCGGUGCUGGUGGUUCCUCCGGUUUCGGUGGCUCUUCUGGUAGCUCAGGUUUCGGUGGCUCCACCGGUGGCUCAAGUUUCGGUGGCUCUUCCGCUUUCAACGGCGCUGCAUCUCGCCAAUACCUUGCUCCCAACGCUGGAUCCAGAGGCUCUGGCAACGGCAACUUCAACUCCCAAACCGGAUACCGUUACUAAAUGAGGGACGAGGAAAUAUAUUAGCUCAGUUUUUCUAAUACGAA